AUGGGUUGGGACAAUGGCUGCGAGCAACUUGAUCCGUGCGUGAUGCAAAUCGCGUUCCCACCAGUGUCCAAGGACAAGGGGCUCUCCUGGAAUAGCUCGUGGGCAUACUUCAUUGAGCCAUUCCCGCCCAACACAACGAACUUCCGCCUCACCCACAGCUUGUGGUGGCGAGGCGCCACAGAGACUUCCGACGUCCACCUCGCCCACAGUUUGUCGCAGCAGAGCCCUCCCACACCCAGCUUGUCCUCAGAUGAAACAGCUCUGUAUAAGUACCUGAAGAUGCAGAGCCGCGCCUGCAACACAUCCGGGAUUUUGUUGCAUCACACUUUCUUGUUUGCUGCAGCGAAUCUCUGCACUUUUGCAUCUCGGAUUGCGGAAAAGGGCACCUGGCGUCCUGAAAUUUCAGGAACGAUCUAA